GCCUUCGAAACCGCUCUAGGGAGGUAAAAUACACGGUUUGAAAAGUUGAGGGAGGUGGUUUGACCGAUUUUGGAGUUAAAAGGAGGAAAAACAGACUUUCGUGAAAGUUGGGGAGGAAAAGUAGACUUUUUUUUCUUCUCUUUUUUUCUCUUUCUUUCUUGCCUGCUGGUGCGUGGGCUGAUUGUAGCCGUAGGAAAAUGAACGAACCCAUCGGCCUGCAGCAAAAUUGGGCCUUUGAUCAUAGUUCCGUGCGUCGAGUUCUUUUAACACGGGCCAUGCACAUAAUUUCGUACUUCCUGGGCCUGUGGCCCAUAUGCAAUUUCGUACUUCCUGCGCCUGUGGCCCAUAUGCUCUGUCUUAGUGUAUUGACUGUCCACUACGAGUCAACCCCAUCCUGGCGGUCCUGGUCCGGUCCACAGCACUUCAAGUCGGCUGACCGCGGCGCGCCCAGCAGCAGGAGAGAUACGAUACGAUUGCCGACCUAAUCCAGCGGCAGCCAGGCACUCACCAAGCAAACGUCUUUAAAUCUGGCCCCUUGACGCGCAGCCGGAGAGGGGCAUCACCCCUCGUGCGUGUGCCCUCGCCUCUCCCAGCGCCGCCCGCCCCAAUCCCCUCCAUCUCAAAAAAUGGGAAUUGCCGCCGCCGCCGCCACCACCACCACGUCCCGACUCCUCCACUACCACGCAGCCGCUGGCACGGACCGCCAUCACCGGCACCAGCUCAGGUACUCCGCGAGUCCGUUUCCUCUCUCGCUGCGCUGCGGCUCCGGCCGGCGUGAGGCGGCGGCGGCCCGGGCGCUCCUGCCCGACCGCGUCACCCCGUUCUCCUACGGCGUGGAUGAGGACGCGGAUGACCACCCGCGCGAGGAGUGCGGUCUAGUCGGGGUCGUGGGCGACCCGGACGCGGCGUCGCUCUGCUAUCUGGGCCUGCAGAAGCUGCAGCACCGCGGGGAGGAGGGGGCCGGGAUCGUCGCCGUGGGCGGGGACGGCAAGCUCAAGUCCGUCACCGGGCUGGGCCUCGUGGCCGACGUGUUCGGGGACCCGUCCAGGCUCGCCUCGCUUCCGGGCCCCGCCGCCAUCGGGCACGUGCGCUACUCCACGGCCGGCGCCGCCGCGUCGCUGCGCAACGUGCAGCCGUUCCUGGCCGGGUACCGGUUCGGGCAGGUCGCCGUGGCGCAUAACGGCAACCUCGUCAACUACCAGGCGCUGCGGAACAAGCUCGAGGCCAGGGGAUCCAUCUUCAACACGUCCUCGGACACGGAGGUCAUCCUCCACCUCAUCGCGACGUCGCUGUCGCGGCCCCUGCUCGCCCGCGUCUGCGACGCCUGCGAGCGCCUCGCGGGGGCCUACUCGCUCCUGUUCCUCACGGCCGACAAGCUCUUCGCCGUGCGCGACCCGCACGGGUUCCGCCCGCUGGUGAUGGGCCGCCGCCGGAACGGCGCCGUCGUCUUCGCGUCGGAGACCUGCGCGCUGGACCUCAUCGACGCCACCUACGAGCGCGAGGUCCAGCCCGGGGAGGUGGUCGUGGUCGACCGCCGCGACAUGUCGGUGGCCUCGGCCUGCCUCGUCCCGCACCGCCCGCGCCGCUCCUGCGUCUUCGAGCACAUCUACUUCGCGCUGCCCAACUCGGUGGUGUUCUCCCACGCCGUCCACGAGCGCCGCACCGCCUUCGGGCAGGCGCUGGCCGAGGAGUCCCCCGCCCCGGGCGCCGACGUCGUCAUCCCGGUGCCUGACUCGGGCUUCUACGCCGCGCUCGGGUUCGCGCGCGCGUCGGGGCUCGAGUUCCAGCAGGGUCUCAUCCGCUGGCACUACAGCGGCCGCAGCUUCAUCCAGCCGACACAGGCGAUCCGGGACCUCGCCGUGAAGCUGAAGCUCGCCCCCGUGCGCGGCGUCAUCACGGGAAAGAGCGUCGUGGUGGUGGACGACUCCCUGGUGCGCGGCACCACCUCGAGCAAGAUCGUGCGGCUGCUCCGCGACGCCGGCGCGCGGGAGGUGCACAUGCGGAUCGCGAGCCCGCCCGUCGUGGGCUCCUGCCUCUACGGCAUCGACACGCCGAGCGAGGGCGAGCUCAUCUCCAACCGGAUGGACCUCGAUGGCGUGCGCAGGGAGAUCGGCAGCGACUCCCUCGCCUUCCUGUCGCUGGACAAGCUGCACAGCAUCUACGGCGAAGAGUCGGGGGACUACUGCGACGCGUGCUUCUCGCGCAAGUACCCUGUGCUGCCCACGCUGGCCGACCCGGCCGUCGAGCCGGACGAGUGAGCCGGGAGCAGCCGAGCAGGCAGUCACAGGCUCUCAGGCUCCACUGAAGGAUACAAGGCAUUUCUGCUGAAGUGGACACACUGAAAACGACUGAGCGAACCAAAGACGUCUCCAAGAUACGCGCAUGCGCAACACAAUCAGUUGAAAACGGGGGCAGUUGCACAGACGUACGGAGUACGUAACGAGGAGGUCGCGUAGUUCUCUUGAAUUCAGUUUCAGACGUCUCCAAGGGCAUCGAGGAUGAUGGUUCUAUCUUCUAGGCCUUGUUUACUUACAAAAGUUUUUGCAAAAUAUGAAUAGUACAAUUUUCGUUUGUAUUUGACAAAUAUUAUCCAAUUAUGGAUUAACUAGGCUCAAAAGA